AUGGAUUGGAUUCCUUGCUCAGUUCCGACAUCGGCGUUAAGACAAUGAAUAUUUGAAUUUUGGGAGGUGAAUUCUGAUUCUUUUAAACAAAUUGUGCGGGAUACAGCAACUAUUGGGGUGUCAGGAAAUGAGGAAGCAAGAUUGAGAGUUAAGGCUUUACCUAUUCCUCGACUUGCACCUAUGAUUAGAAAACAAUGUGAUGCCAUUGCUAUUUUUAUGUCAGAAUUGCUAAAUAUGGUGAAAAAUGUCGAUGCCAUUUUGAGGUGAAUUCUUAAACAACUUAAUUAA